CCGAUGUUUUGGUCCGAACUGCUGCCUUUUCCCCAACAGUUUACUUUGGGUUUGUUUUUACUGAGGAAGCUACAACUUGAAUAAGACUUUAUACUCACACGGUAACAAUGAAGUUAACGGAAAUCAAAAAGUUGAAAGUGCCCGAGCUGCGGUCCAGACUUAAAGAACUCGGGUUGGACAUCAAGGGACUGAAGGCUGAGCUGAUAGGCAGGCUGUGGUCUGCUUUAGAGGCAGGACAAAGUGUAGAAGACGGUGAGGAAGAGCCAAAACCACAAAAUGACACCUCAGUGACACCUGCGGCACAGACGGAGAUCGCGGACGUCCGCGCUCAGUCCUCGUCAACACCGACAGAAGCUGGUGUCACUGCGCGCUGUAAACUAGACCGCACCAGAGAGUUCACAGACUGUGCCACACAGACAGAGACUGACACCGGUCUGCCAACACCACAGCAAAGCUCGGAUCUGAUUUCGGACAGUGUUCCAGAGUACCAAGCUGAGCCGGGAUAUGCAGAGCGUCCCGGAGAGGGACAGGACAGGAGAGCUCAGUCAUCAGAGGAGAGGGCCAGAGGUCGAGCUUUCUACGAGUUCAAAGAGGAGAUACGAUACAAGAGAGCCAAAUCUCCACAACCUCCAGUGAACAGGGAGGAGACAGAAGAGGAGGAUGAAGAUAAAGUCAGAUUAAAUCCAUAUGACAGUCACCUCCACUUUGAGGCGGGUCCUGACGGUGGAUGUGGCCAGCCGCGGUUCUGGGCUCGAUGCCCCUCGCUGUGGUCCGGCUGCAGGCUCACCCACGGGGUGCUGCAGGGCAGGGUGGGUUUUGAGGUGAGGCUGGAGAGGAAGUUGUUGACUACACAGCUGGAGGAACAAGAAGACAUGGAUUCUUGCGGCCUGAGAGUGGGCUGGUCGAUGGCCAACACCUCUCUGCUGCUGGGUGAAGGUGAAUUCUCGUUUGCUUAUGAUGGGCGUGGUAAAAAAGUAUCGGGUGGGAUGGAGGAAGACUUUGGAGAACCUUUCUCGGAGGGGGACAUCAUUGGCUGUUACGCUUCUUUCUCCACAGGCACUGCUGUUGAGCUCUCAUUUCAUAAGAACGGUCGUUUCAUGGGUGUUGCCUUUUCCCUGAAUGCCCCUGUGCUGCUGGGUCGUGCCCUGUUCCCUCAUGUCCUCUGUAAGAGCUGUUCAGUCAGAUUCCAGCUGGACCCCACAGCUUCUCCAUGGUACCCUGGCCCGCCAGGCUUUACAUCGGUGGCAGCUCUUCCAACAGGCCAGAGGGUUCGUUCUACAUCAGCGCCUUCCUCCAGAGCACGGUGUGAGGUGUUGUUGAUGGUUGGUCUUCCUGGUUCUGGGAAGAGCCACUGGGCCAGGACUCACAUGAAGCAGCAUCCAGAGAAACAGUACAGACUGUUGGGCACAGAGGAGCUGCUCGCCUGUAUGAUUAGUGGGGGUCAGAGGGAAAGCAGGCUGCAGCAGGCCUCUCAGUGUCUGACUGAUGUGAUCAAGAUAGCUGCUCAGACUCCUGGCAACUAUAUCCUCGACCAGUGCAACAUCCUCUUCUCUGCACGGCGUCACAAGCUGCAGCUGUUUACAGGCUUCAGGCGGUGGGUGGUGGUGGUCUUUCCCUCAGCAGACGAGUGGAGACGUCGACUGUCCCAGCACCAGAUGAGUGACAGGGAGCAGAUCCCCGAGACCGCCCUCCUCAAACUGCAAGUGAGCUGCAGUCUCCCAGAGCAGCAGAGUGACCUGCUGGAGGAGCUGAUGUAUGUCGAGCUCCCUCAGGAACAGGCACAGGCGCUCCUGCAGGAGUACAAAGAUGAGGCUCGCAGACUGCUGCCCCCCAUCCCCACUCAGGACAAGAAGAAACCCAGACUUAACAAGAAAAGACCCCACCCUCACGGCCCUCGACCCUCACAUAGGAUGCAGUGGACUGGGUUGACCGACGUGCGACUCAACAUGCAGUCAUGGAAGCAGCAGCCAAGAUAUUGGAACAUGGCUUAUCAGGGCCAGGGCUGCUGCGACUACAGAGACUUUGGUGGCCGCGGUUAUGAAGGUUACUGGUGAAGAAACCUGGAGCAAGAAGAAACAGAUGUCGCUGCACUAUAUGUGUUUACAGGAACAAUAAUUUUACUGAUGUCAUUUAAUGUUGAAGAAGAGAGCUAACUACAUCAGGAAGUCAUAUUACACAGAACUACAGACUACAGUAUGUGCUGCACUUGCUGCUUUGGCCAAUCAGACUUUGUUUUGUAGUAUUUAAUCAUUUUAAUGAAAACCAGGUCACUUUUUAGCGUUUUAUUCAAGAUAUUUUUUAAAAUGUAUUGUGUUUUACUGUACGAGGUACAAACAAUAAAAAAAAUCUACAGUAUUUUGCACAAUGGUAAUACCAGUAUUGGUCAGAGAGGACUUUAAGUCAAAGAGUAAUAAAUUGCUGAACUUUUGAAAUGUUUCUCUUUGUGUGUACAUUU